GGGGAUGGAUCAUAAGCUGUAAGCUGUAACUGGUUUGUUGGCGUAUGCAGCAAUCAAGAACCCUCUCUUUUUAAAUUCAUUGAUACAUCCCUUUCACCAUAUAUAGUAAUAAUAGUACUCCAUCUCUGCAUCUUUUUUUUUAAGAGAAAGAAAAGAAGAAGAAAGAAUUAUCAAGAACCAUAUUAUUAAUUCCAUUUCCAUCUAUAGAAACAGCAAAUAUGGCCUUCUUUCUCUCUUCUUGUUCUACCUUCGUUCAUCCCCAACUCCAGCCUAUUGUAGCCAAAAUGACUCUCCUUGACACCUUGUUCUUCUAUGUUAUUCAUUUUGUGGACAAGCUGGGAAUAUGGCACAGACUACCAGUUUUCAUGGGACUUGCUUACUUGGGUAUCAGAAGGCACUUGCACCAGCGUUACAAUCUUUUGCAUGUAGGGAGAAUCAACGGUCAGAAAUACGAUACCGAAAGACUGUCCUAUCGAACGGCUGACGGGACAUGCAAUCACCCUCAUGAUCAUCUGGUCGGGAGCCAAGGAACCUGUUUCGGUCGCAACAUGCCUCCCUCAACCUCACCCUACGGGUUGCUGGAGCCUCACCCUGCAAUUGUAGCCUCCAAGCUUUUGGCCAGGAAGAAAUUCGUAGACAAUGGGAAGCAGUUCAACAUGAUAGCCUGUUCAUGGAUACAAUUCAUGAUUCAUGAUUGGGUUGAUCAUUUGGAGGACACUGAGCAGGUGGAAAUUAAAGCUCCUGAAGAAAUCGCAACAGGGUGCCCUCUGAAAUCAUUCAAGUUUUAUAAGACCAAGAAAGUUCCCACGGCUUCAACUUCUUCAGACUCUGAUUGCUUGAAUGCAAGGACUCCCUGGUGGGAUGGGAGUGUAAUUUAUGGGAAUAACAUGGAGGGCAUGCAAAGAGUAAGGACAUUCAAAGAUGGAAAGUUGAAGAUUUCAGGAGAUGGCCUUCUAGAGCAUGAUGAGAAUGGUAUUCCUAUCUCCGGCGAUGUUCGAAAUUGCUGGGCUGGCUUCUCCCUCCUGCAAGCAUUAUUUGCCAAAGAACAUAAUGCUGCAUGUGAUAUGCUAAAAGUACAUUACCCAGAUUUGGAUGAUGAGAAGCUGUACAGGCAUGCAAGACUGGUCACUUCAGCUGUCAUUGCUAAAAUCCACACAAUUGAUUGGACUGUAGAGCUCUUAAAGACUGAUACUCUUCUGGCAGGGAUGAGGAUCAACUGGUAUGGAUUUUUGGGGAAGAGAUUUAAAGAUUUACAUGGACAUAUUUUAGGACCAAUACUUAAUGGAUUGGUUGGCCUAAAGAAGCCCAGAGAUCAUGGAGUUCCCUAUUCGCUGACUGAAGAGUUUGUAAGUGUGUACAGAAUGCAUGCCCUGCUACCAGAUAAACUCAUCCUUAGGGACAUUGAGUCUACAGCUUCUGAAGACAAAUGUCCUCCAAUACUUGAAGAGGUGCUUAUGAGAGAUAUGGCGGGUAAGGAGGGAGAACGAAGACUGUCGACAAUUGGAAUGGAGCAGAUGCUCGUAUCGAUGGGUCACCAGGCAUGUGGAGCUAUCACAUUAUGGAAUUAUCCAUCAUGGAUGAGGAACCUCAUUGCACAUGAUGUUAAUGGAGAAGAUAGAGCCGAUCCAGUUGAUAUGGCUGCAUUAGAAAUUUAUAGAGACAGAGAGAGAGGAGUUGCCCGGUACAACGAGUUCAGAAGGAACCUGCUGAUGAUUCCUAUUAACAAGUGGGAAGAUUUGACGGAUGACAAAGAAGUUGUUGAGGCUCUGAAGGAGGUGUAUGGAGAUGAUGUUGAGAAGCUUGAUUUGCAAGUGGGUCUACAUGCAGAGAAGAAGAUAAAGGGCUUUGCCAUUAGUGAGACAGCUUUCUUCAUCUUUCUACUUAUUGCAUCAAGGAGGCUAGAAGCUGAUCGUUUCUUCACAACCAAUUUCAACUCCAAAACAUACACAGAGAAAGGCCUUGAAUGGGUUAACAAGACAGAGACUUUGAAGGAUGUGAUUGAUAGGCAUUUCCCUGAAAUGACAAGAAGAUGGAUGAAGUGUUCAAGUGCCUUUUCAGUGUGGGAUUGGGAGCCAAACCCAGAAAGCUAUAUACCCUUAUAUUUGAGACCAGCUCCAUAAUUAUGUUUGUCAUGAAGGUUGCUGGAGUUUGGAAAUCUUGUGAUAUAUAGUGCAAUUUCGCUGUAUAUAAGAAGCAAGAUAGUUUUGUGUAAUAUAUGGGAGCUCAAACCGAUCUGUAUAUAUAGGAAGGAUAGGAAGCAUGUGGCGUUUAUAUCCUCAAUAAAUAAUACCAGUCUCAAAUAGUUUGUUGUCUAUCUUAUUCAACUUGUGUGUUUUGAUAAAUCUAUCUAAUCACAUCACAUCACAUAUUCCUAACCGUUAAAACUCUUAUAAAUUUGAAUUACUUUCGAAAUUUGAAUCAAUUAUAAAAGUUGGUUAGGCAGUGAGUAUGUCCCCUUGUACCCAAGUUUGAAUCUCUCUCCUCUUAGAUUAUAUUAAUUUAGUAUAGUUUAAAUUAUUGUUUUUAUUAAAAUAAAUGAAAAAAAAAAAAAAGGGAUCAAAAUCUUAAAGAACAAAGUAAAUUUGGGCUUGGGUUAUUGGUCAAAACUUUUGGUGUGUUGUUGUGUAGCCCAUACGCGACCCAGUACCCCACACAGGCCGCUUGGGGUCCUGGAGAGUAUUAGGCUUUUACGUCGUUCCAUUGUUGGGCUUCAGCAAAACUCACACACGAAACAUUUUUUCAAAAGAAAGCGCGGGAGUUUUCAACCAAAUUUAGCGGUAAAAGAAGAAUAGCCGA